CAAAACCAGCUUAAUUAUUCUUGCUAGUUGUGUUAAUGGAUAUCGUGAAGGAGAAGUGGAAGAAAAACCUGAUAGUGAAGACAAGGGACCGCUGCCGAUCACUUGGAGGUGGAGGUGGAGGUGGCCGCAGCAAGAGUAGCUCGUUCAUGACAAAGAGCAAAUCAUGGAACGGCACCGGCACCGGCGAGGAGGAGGGGCGGCAAAAACGCAAGAGCAAAUUAGUGGCUCCGGAAGGGUGCUUCACGGUGUACGUGGGACCCGAGAAGCAGCGGUUCGUGGUGAAGACGGAGCUUGCGAACCAUCCAUUGUUCAAGAUGCUGCUAGAGGACGCGGAAUUGGAAUAUGGGUAUAACUGUCAAGGCCCUAUUUUGCUUCCCUGUGAAGUUCAUUUAUUCUGUAAAUUGUUGGCGGAGAUGGACUGCUGCGAUGACCGGAUUAGCCCUGCUGGCUGCAACUUUGCUGCUUGUAGCCCUGUUCGGCGUUCCAUUUCUAGCGGUAGCAAGGCGUAUGGUGCAUAUAGGCUGCUAUCUCCUUCGCGAAUGCUUAAGAUGAAUCGAUUUUAG